GCGCCGCGUGAAGAUGAUCGACCAGCUCCCGGGCUUGGGCCAGGUCGACGCGGUCGAGGGGAUUGGCUGGGUCAUCGCCGAGCCCCGCCCCCCCAAGUUCGGCGAGAUCGCGGAGGCGGGGAUCACGAAGGGCGACGCCCAGGGCACCAGCUUCGAAACUAAGGGCGCGGCGGCGCUGAAUGGCGAGGAGUUCUAUGCCCAGAAGAUCGCGGCCAGCGCCCUGCCCGACUUCAAGACCACGAUGAAGGCUGACAUGGGCGACGCCCGCACCCCUGGGGAUCACCUCGACGAGGCCAGCCAGAGGAACCUGCGGCUCUCCGAGGUCUCCUACCAGGCAGAGCGGGAGCGGCUCAGUGGAGUCGGCGAGGGUUCGGCGGUCAACCAUGUCCACCGGGACAUGCGUGAGGUGAUUCGGCCAAUGCGCUCGCGGGACCAAGUGGAUCUCUCGACGCUGUCCUCCGCCGAGCUCAUCGCGCGCUGUGCGAUGCAGCCCGCGGAGCGCAGUCCGCGCCGCCCCGACUACAGCAACCUCGACAUCGUGAUCUCUGCGCCGGUGAAUGCCGCGGGUCGCGCGCCCUCGUCCAAGUUCAACUCUUGGGCUACCGACGGGCUCAAGGAGAGGGCCGCCAUCUGGAAGCAGAAGCGCCCCUACCGCGAGGCGCAGAGGCACUCGCGCCAGGGGGGCGAG